CACGAGGGGUUAGGCCAGGUGCCUGGCUCGUCGCCCCACCAGCGCGCAGAUCUUGAGACGAUGACAAUGCUCGAGCGAGUCAAGGCAUCGAUGUCGGUCAGUGCGGGCGAGAGGCGGAGGCUGCAGAACAGAGAGGCGCAGCGAAGGCGCAGAGAGAAGCUGCGUCGGAUCGGUCUCACAAACGACGAGGUGCGCCAGGUCAUUGAGGGCGAGGAUGAGCCCGCGCCUGCUCCAGCGCCUUUGAUGCCUGUUCCGCCACCGGUGACGGCCCCACGCCAGUCGGACCUCGCUUCUGUCCCCGUCAAGGCGCCGCAGGAGCCCAACUGCCAGCUCGCACAAUCCUACUUUGCCUCCAAGUCGUCGGAGAGUGCGCAGCUGCUCAUGGACUCCAUCACCGCAAACUUUGCAAAGUGGUCCCUGAGCGACACACAGGCCGACCUGCGCUUCUACCUGUCGACGCAGCCCGAGCUGUUUGACAAGCUCCUCAUUGCGCUCCACUUUGCCCACGGCAUCUCCGAUCGGCGAGAUGCUACCGUCUGCCUGCCACAGGACAACGGCCCGUCGAUCUACUUUGCCAUCAUCAAGCUCUACGCCGCACGGGCCAAGGACAAGGCGCUUGGUGGGUCUUCUUCGUCCUACCAGUCGUCCUGGUCGCCGUGCUCGUCAAUGUCGCUCCGGGUCGAGGCGCAGCCGCUGUUCGAGGCCGUCAUCUCCAACGCGACCCGGCUCGGCUGUUCGUCAGAGGAGAUCAGCGACAUCGACGCUGUCAGCGGCAUCGGCGAAAAGUUCCUGAUCGGCAACGGGGAGUGCUGCGUGCGACCGGGCGAGCCAGCCAGUGCUGCGCCGCCGUCUGGCGGCGACGUCACGACGAAAAAGACGCGGGUCGACUGGUCCAACAUCCCCGAGAACAUGCACCCCACCGCCAAGCAGAUGCUCUCGCGCCACUAUCCCCUGAUUGACGCAGCGUUUGUGUGGCCUUCGGUGCGCGACAAGGUCCUGUCGCUGCCCGGCAUUACCGCAGACGCCGUGUGCUACGACAUGAUGAUCUCGAGCAUCGUCAACGAGGGCGACCCCUCCUUUCUCGUCUGGGACAGCGACGCCAUGGACCCAGACUCGUGGGAAGUGGGCGAGGCGUUUGCACGCCGGUGGCCGUUCCUCUUCGACCGCGACAUCAUUGCCCGCUCCAAUUGGUGGCGGAAAAAGAGGGGCCUGGGGCCGAUCAAGCUCGACGACAUCCCCACGCCUUCUCCCAGUGCAGCCUCGUCUACGUGAAUCUACCUGUGAUACCGCUAUGAAUCUAGUGUCAUGUAUUAUUUCAUACCGCCCUGCGUUGAGGGCAUGUCCAGCAUCGGGGGCAUGCCCAGCAUCGAGGGCAUGCUCUACAUCAACGACUGCCGAGAACAACACUAGGAACAGUGUGGGAGUGAAAGGAGUCAAUGGAGAUCACACAUCUCGCCGGUAGGCGUCCCGCAGCCGGUGGUACCACUUGCGCUCGCCCGCGUGCUCCUCGAGCCGGGGCACCUCGACGUGCUCGCCAUCGAGGCCCUUGCUCGUCACGGCGUUCUGCUGCUUGCCCAGGUAGUAGUUGGGCAUGAACAGCGUCGCCACGACGGGGAUCGCAGCCAGGCAGAGGGCCGUGAUGGCGAUGAUGCCAUUCGUCUG